UCCUGUUCUGAGAGAUGAAGAGAAACACGUCAUUUCUGAGUUUUGUGUAAACGAGUCCUUAGCAGAGACGUUUCUGUCUGAGAUUUUGGAGAAGAUCAAGGUGGAGAGAGGGAUUAUGGGACAUGAUCUCCUGCAGUCUCUCUGUAGGGUUUAUGUAGGCGUGUGUCAACAGAGAGGAGACUCUCACAAAGCACAUGGUCUCGCCUACAGACUCCUUAAAGAAGACUUUCUUGAAGCCCCCAAAGUGAUUAUGGUCAUGAUCACAGCAUGGCCGAGUAUUUUGUCCCAUGAAAGUUCUUUAUGCCGAUCGAUUCACGUAGUGAGCAACCGGAAAGCAAAGGGAAAGAUAUUUUACUUGCUCAGCAACUAUCUGCACUGGGAUGAGGAGCCUCCAGGAAACAUCUACAAUAUGAUCACCAGCACCCUGAAGUCUUUUCUGGAAGACAGCAGUCUGAGGUUCCUGAAGAACAGCUGGUAUGGUUAUGAUCUCUGCCCUGCUACCUGGAACUACAUCUUCAGCCUGGAUCUUCUGUGUGCACAACUGGGCUGGACUUGGACCAUUACCAAUAUUAUACGGAAGGAUCUUUGGCUGAUCCUGAACACUUGGCUGAGGCAAGCAAGAACAGAGCAAACACCGUUCCGAGACGUCUGUGUAGCAGCAGUUUUCAGGCUACUUGGGCGACUUGGUCAACUAGGACUUAAGGAGAACCUGCCAAUGUCAUUUCAAAUUCUGGCAAAAAGCAUUAAUCAGUUUGUAACACAACAACUCUCAAAAGGUAUGCCAUGGGAAGUGCAGCUCUCAGUCAUCUAUGCCAUUCAUGAUCUGGCACCCAGCAACCCUGAAGCAGCUCUGAAGACUUUGGAAUCAUGGAGGAAAAACAGCACACAACGCGUUCCCCCAGCCGUCAUCAAAUGCAUUACGCAAAUCAGCUUCCUUUGUCGUCAGACCGAGUCACAAAGAUCAUAAUCGUGAUUUAUCUCUAAAACUUUGUACAUUCUGAAGACCCCCACAACAGCACAGAGCUCCUGGAUUCUGUACCAGUCUUUGACAUCGACAGCUUCGAGGAUCUGUUUAAGCAACUUGAAGAGAUGGAAA